UGAGGAUAUGUUUCAAAUUGAUGGUUUAGGAAAGCGGUUACUCAAUUCUCCUCAUGUGAAACGAGACCGUUCAUUUCCCAUCCACAGAAAGGAAGAAAUAUGAAGCUGCCGGGAAUACUUCAUUGCAGGCAUAUCGCCACGUGUCGCAAACAUAGCUUCGAAACUUAGCCACUCAAUAUUUGGUAGGCAAAAGAAUUCAACUUUCAGGAUCUUCCAUCCAACCCGCCAGCCAAACCAGAAGUAUUGUCGCAGAAGGAAUGGCGGGAGCCAUUAACCUUUGCGGUUCUAAGUCAGCCGCAUUACAGAAUCUAGCAGUGUCUUUCAAGGACACAAAUCAUGGAUUCCUUGGUGGGUCAUCGUUGAAGUUCAAGGAUCUCUGUUGGGAAUCCAAACUCAGAUUCUCCAGCAGUAGAAGAGCAAAAAGACUGGGGCUUGUAGUUGCUGCUGUAGAAGAAGAAACCAUCUCAAAGGGAAGCUCUGAUGGCAGAUUUUACUUCAACUUCACUGGCUUUCCUUUUCCUCUUGGCCCUUUUCUCAACAGGCGCACUAUUAGAACUGAGGCUGUGAAAGGAUCCAUAUGGCUGUUUGAACAAGAACAAGCAUUAGGGUUCAGCAGUGUCUCCACAAACAUCAGAAUGACAGUCAUCAAGCUCAAAUCUGGAGGCUUGUGGGUGCAUGCUCCCAUUGCCCCUACAAAGGAGUGCAUUCAGCUUCUGAAGGAGUUGGAUGCCCCUGUGGAGUAUAUCAUUCUGCCUACAUUCGCUUAUGAGCACAAAAUUUUUGUUGGUCCUUUCUCUAGAAAGUUCCCCAAGGCCAAAAUUUGGGUUGCACCAAGGCAGUGGAGUUGGCCAUUGAAUUUGCCUCUUGAGUUCUUUGGGAUCUUUGGUGCCAAAACUUUGAAAGACGAGGAUUUGUCAACCCCAUGGACAGAUGACAUUGAGCAAAAGGUUCUUAGCGCACCAGAAGUUGGACUUGGACCUUAUGUGGAGGUUGCUUUCUAUCACAAGCGCUCGAGAUCACUUCUGGUGACUGAUGCAGUGAUUUUUGUCCCAAGAAAGCCACCUGAUUGUAUUGGUAAGGAUUCACUGUUAGCUUCUGCAAAGAAUGGAUUAGCAGUGAAAAUCCUUAGUAAAGGGAAGGAAGUACCUGAGGAGCCUGUUGUUGAUAAUCCGAUGACCCGUCAAAAGGGGUGGGAAAGAAUGGUUCUCCAAAUCCUGUUCCUCGGACCAUCAAAUCUGUUAGAACCCAAUACCAGUUUUGCUCAGAUGUCGCAGAAGUUGAUAGUCUCACCCAUUAUAAAGACACUAGUGUUCAGUAAAGUCCCAGAAAAGGUAAGAGACUGGAUAGAUAGGAUUGGGAAGGACUGGAGAUUCAAGAGGAUCAUCCCAGCUCAUUUCGCUGCUCCAGUGAAUGCCAGUAGGUCAGAUUUCAUGGCUGCAUUUGCAUUUCUGGACGAUCUACUGGGGGAACGAUAUGUUACUAGGCCAUCACUAUCUCUCCUCUUCGCAUCCAUCAUGGGGAAAGCUGCAACUUACUUUCCUCCAGAUGACAUGAAGACUCUAUCAUCCCUUGAUCAGUUCUUGGUUUCUGUUGGUGCAGUCAAGAAGACUGUCUCGGGCCGUCGGAAGAGAAAAACAGCAUUCUAGAACUGCAAUGUAAGCAUCAUCAGUCUCUAGUACUUGGUGAUACUACACAAGUACUUGUGCCACAGUUUAGUCUUCAUACUGAAUCCAAAUUCCACAAAGUUGAAUAUAUAUGUAAUACCGUCGAUUUAAGCACGCAUAAAUGGUUUCGACCCACAUUUUCUUCGUUUCCUCGGAUUGCGAAUAGUUUUGCAGAACAAGUUGCAAUUGCAGUGUGUUUCUUGUGUCCUUUGUGGUCAUGGAUCAUGUGGACGAAUUUGUCAUGAUUAACGUUAGGAGUCUGAUGAAGGGAUAUGUGUUGCUUGUUGUUAUGAUGUGAUUGUUGUUGGAACAUUGUUUAUCAUAUGUUUGAUGAAAUCUGUUGCUGGGCUAUCGGUUGGCCAUAACUGUGGUACCCGCCAAAGCAACAUUCAUCCAUAUAACUAGUUUCAUAAUGGAAAAUUGGCCGGCGUCCCAUUCCCAAUUAAAAAAAAACAUCAUAAAGCAAUCUACUAAUCACCAACAAUUCGGUUGAACAUUUUCUAUGUACACUGCUAGUCUAGUUGAAUAUAUAAUAAGAUUUAGGGGAAUCUGCAGUGCUCACCUGGUAAGUAGUAGGAUACAAUAUAUCCAAGAGAGGGAGAAAAUUAGCCAAUACCAUGUAUCGUGCUGAGGUCUAGCGAGAGUUUAAAAACGAUUAUAUUGGUUUAUCGAGAAUUUAAAAACGAUCGUAGUUAUUCUUUUAUAUAAGUACAUACGUCCUUAAAGAUGAAAGAAUUUUUCAUCGUGAAUUCACAUACGAUUGUUGUUAUGUGAGCAUGAAGGUUUAAGACCGUGAGGUUAUGUUCCAUUGAUAUACUUGAGUAUAAAUUCCUCAAGUGGAGUUCUUAAAAUCUUACCAGAGUCUAACAAAUGGUUAUACCUUUUCUUCCUUACCGUCAACAAUUUGCAUAUGUUUCUCUAUACUCUUUCUAAAACAUUCAUUGUAUAUUUGUAUUCCUAUAUCGAUAUAUAUAUUGACUUGAUUAUCCGAGUGCAGACCGAGACUACCACUACCUCUCUAUAUUCAAGAAAAUCAAAACAAAUGAGAACUUUAAUAAUUCAGGGCCAAUUAUUCAUAUUCCCAACCCAAUCGAAAGUUGUUUGACCAAACCAAAACACUAAUUAUUAUCCAUACAACAUAUACAUGAACUUGUUAGAAUUAAACACACCUCAAAAGAAGGAAUGAUGAAUUGCGAUUAUCUUGAUCAUAUAUCAUGAUCAAUCAUCAUCCUCACAAAAUCCUAAUAAUAAUAUAUAUACCAAUGCGAUUUGUUCUAUAGUUGUUACUUAGCUUGGUAGAUGCUAGAUAGUAUCCCCCACCUCUCACUUAUGAAAAAGGUGAAGCAGCAUGGUUGUCAAACCGGUUUCAUGCCGGCCGGUUCAACCGGUACGGGUCAGCAAAUUGGCUGGAAAGGGGCCGGUAUUUAACUGUGGUCAAAUCCGGUCAAUGCCGGUCAGAUCCGGUCAAAUCCAGAAAUUCCGGCCGGUUAGACCAGAAACCGAAAUUUAAUUUUACACACAUUAUAUCCAAAAAUAAACAUCUUCCAUAGGAUUUGAACCAAGGACCUCUUGUUCAUUUUAGUUUAACUUAUACACCAGUAGGCGACAAGCAAUUUUGUUGUCUAUAUUAACCUUAUAUGUUAUAUAUCUAAUACUAAAUUUUACACAAAUCAUUAUAAACAUUAAUAAAAUUUAUUUAAUAAAAUUUUAUUUUUAAG